CCUGUGCAGGAGAGUGGAGAUAAAGAAGGGGGAACGUAUCGUAAAGCCCCAUGAGGAGGGUAUCGUAAAGCCCCAUGAGGAGGGUAACUGAGUUAGCACCGUCAUCAGUGCACAACAUACUGUAGCGAUCUCACAGAGUCAGGCGUAUCUUUGGCUUGCUUGAAAACACAGUAAAACACAGUACAGGCAUUCAGACACUGAUAACGAACGGCAACUGGAGUGGGAUUACAGACGCAGACAUAUCAUACUGACUUGGGGUGGACAGAGAUGCUCAAACACAAGGAAAAUCCCACUACGGCAUAUACAAAUCACAAUGACUCCACAUUGCUAACUAAAAAUACACGUAGACAUUAACAUAGGAGGGGAAGCACCAAACACUCGAAGUCAGAACACUGAAACUGAAUUUGCAGACAUAAACAUUCUACAAUACGAAUACUGGGGAUAGGUCACAUAACAAUUACAACACAGAAGUACAGGCAAUCACACAUACAUCACUCCCGCUACACGUCACAAUACUUGAUGUUUGCAGGGACAAGAGAACUGUAGGAAGACCUCAAUGUCCGCUUGCAAAACUCAGGAAAGAUAAAAAAAAAACACUUAAAUAUGAAAACUAAUUAUGAAUGAAAACACUGUAUGAAAUCUGCAUAUUGUAAAUGACUAUCAUAAAUUUGGGCAAAGAUUGGGGUGUACAACUGACAACUGUUUUUUUGUUUUACGACAGAAAAAAGUGUUGUGAAAGAUCUUCCCAUAGGAAUCUACAUCAUCAUUGCAGCAACUAUAAUCUUGAUUGCUCUUGUCCUUGCCUGUUUCUUCAUCCUCAAAAACAAAUGGCUGUGUGUAAAUGAAGUUGAAUCUUACUACGUCAAUCACACUGAUAAUAAAGCCAACACAGCCAAAGCCAGCGCCCCAUCCAGCACCCAAGCCAGCGCCCCACCUCUUCCUCAUGACAAGCCAGUUCAAAGCAACACCUCCCAGGAAAAGGGUAGGAAAGGUGACACUGCUUCAAACUAUUUACGUGAGCGCCACCCUGUUAAGCGGAACAACCUUAACCAGGGGGGUGGGGAUGUUUUCACUCCCAACCAAGUUCACAGAACAGACAGCGUCAUCUAUGAAAAUGAUGAACAUGAUCCUGAUCAGCAGCAAGUGGGAGCACUUAAUACAAAUUUUCAAAGAGAUAUCAGCAGUUCGCCUCGGAACCAUAUUUCACAUGUUGCUCAACCAAACUAUGCAAACCAGACAGAAAUUAAUAAAGAACGCAAAGUCAAUCAGGCUGGGGGAAGAGACCAAAGUGGCAAAUCCGGUAGGGGACUUUAAUCAAAAUGGAGGAGACAGAAUUACAAGCAGCCUGGGCCUACCUGUACUUAAUGAAAUGCAGCAGAUCUUACUCAAAGAGAAACAUUGGUCAGGCUACUGUGACAAGAAGGGAUUUCACAUCAUCAUCCAAAGUAAUGUUACAGCUCCUCCACUGGAUUUAGGCUCAGUCCAUGUUGCCUACAACAGAAGCACUGCUUGCAAGCCGAAGUUCAAGAGCAGUCAGUCUGUGAUGUUUCAGUUUCCACUCACAGGCUGUGGUACAAAAGUCAAGGUUUUUAGUGGACGCAUUUCCUACUGGGUUAAUAUCUUUGGAGUAAAAGUCUUUCAUCUUAAACAGGGGGCAAUAUUUCGUGAUCCACAGUUCAAACUCACUGUACAGUGUUCCUACACUCUCCAUGGUGCAACCACACUAAGGACAGACAUCCAGAAACCUAUAUCUGGCCAACCCUUAACUCAGAAAAAUGAGGGUUUGCUUCGUGUCAGAAUAAGAUUUGCUAAAGAUGCAUCUUAUAGCUCUUUUUACAAGGAGAGUGAUUCAUCAAAGUAUGUGCUGGGAGAUCCUGUUUUUGUUGAAGUGUUCCUUCUAAAACGGGAGGAUGGGGAACUUGUGCUCUGCUUGAGGGACUGUUGGGCAACCCCAACAGAAGACCCCCAAGACCAGCAUAGAUGGAAUCUGCUCACUGACAGGUGUCCUUUCCGUGGAGACAGUCACCACACUGAGGUCAUCAGGGUGACCCCUGGGGAGGGGGUGAAGUAUCCACAACAUCACAAGCGGUUUAUGAUCAAAAUGUUUUCUUUUGUGAAAUCCAAAGAGUCUCAAGGCUUAGUUUACAUACACUGUAAUGCAGAGAUCGGCAAAGGAGUUGAGUGCUCUGUGCCUUCCUGUAACCAAGAGCCAAGGGACCUAAAGAACCAAGAUCAAGAAAAUGGAAAUUAAGCUGUUUAAAUGCUAUCAUUUCCGAAGGCCUUCUUACUGGAAAUAUAGCCUAAAAAACUUCAAGUUGUCAUAUCUCUUUUUUUUUUUUCAUUUUUGCACAUGCUCUGUAGACUAUAUUCAGUAUGAAAAACAAGCAUGACUUGGAUACUGGUUGGAUAUCAGUAGUCUGUUUGUGACUGUAAUUAACAUGUUAUCUUUCAAUGUUUAAUAUUUAUCAGCAAUUUCUGCAUGCCACUUCAUACUCCUGUCCAUUUGGUGGCGGUAAGGAGAAGUAUGACAGACCAAUUUGAUUAUUAGCGGUAACAGAAAAAGUACAGAGGAAAGCGCAAACUGUCGACAGUAAACGAUAGGCAAUAUGGCGGCGAAAAGCGUCAAUAUAAAAGUCAGCAAAAUUUAGUUUGAAAAUCCGGUUUGACAAAUGUUUAGUUUUUCACGGCAUAUGCCUGGUGUGCUGCUAACUAGUCUAGAUAAAUAAACUGCAUCUGCCAAUUUUAUAAUUUUAGCAGAUUCGUCUUGCAAAUGACCAUGGAAUGGAAUGGUAGCCUAUUAGGUAGACUACACAACAUUUGGUUUUUCGUUGUUGAUUAUCAUUAAUCUCUUCAAGAAAUCAUUAAUAUAUCACCACAU